UAUAUAUUUAGACAGGGACUAAAACGAGAAUAAGUUACAGUGAACAUUAUGGAUUUACAUUGGUGUUUUUUUUUUUUUUUUUUUUCAAUUUAGUACCACAACACACCGGAUGAUGGAGCCAGCCACAAAACGCGCGUCUCCAAAACGCGUCCGCCGCUGCUGCUGCUGCUGCUGCUGCGCGUAAAAAGGGGCGUUCCGCAGCUUGGCAACAUCUCUCUCUUUGGCGCUGCCAGGUGUGUUCAAACCUGUAGCAGACAAACCACUCGCAGAUGUUUCUCUGCUCAGUCACCUCUGAGCUGGAUCUCAACCGCGUAAUAAACCGACCGACCGGUGAUCGCUGCCUGCCGCCGCUCCGUCUAUCCGCAUCCUGCGCCCACAGACAGGUAUGAGGGGUAUUUCUCGUUGACGCACUGCAUUUCAGCGACAGAAACGCCGCCGAGUGAGUGAAAUACUCUGUGUUUACAUUUUGUUUGGACGGAUUUGGUUCCAGAGUAAGGACGGAGAGUGUGAAACCCCGUUUUAUUCCUCUUUUUUAACCAACCUCGCACCGCUGUCAAACUCCGGUUUUUACGCACAAGGAGCGUUUUGGAAUUUUACUGUCACCCGGGCAACUGAAUUACUGUAACCCGGGCAACUGUGAAUUACUGUAACCCGGGCAACUGUGCGGGCACCGGACGAUGAAGACACUCCUCAGCGGCGGAUACACGGGGUGAAAAACCAGCCUCCUAAAUGUCAGAAAGAUGAGAUCCACAGCAGCAGGGCGGGAGAAUACCAACUCAGGAGGGUUUGUUAGGCCGCGUCACUCCGCGUCCGUUUGAGCGAAACACCGAGUCGACUGUAAGCAGCUCUAUCGUCAGUUGUUCCGGGAGUGAACCAUGUCCAGGACGCUGAAGAAGAAGAAACACUGGUCGGGUAAAGUGGUGGAGUGCGCGGUGUCGUGGGGUAACCUGGGGGACUUCGGCUCCGUGGUGGAGGUGCUCGGUGGAGCCGAGCUGGGACAGUUCCCCCACCUGGGUCAGAUGAAGCUGGACGUGCUGGUGUGUCACGUCGGAAAGCUGCCCUACUACGGGGACGUGUUGCUGGAGGUGAACGGCACGCCCGUCAGUGGACUUACAAACCGAGACACCCUGGCUGUCAUACGACACUUUAGGGAGCCCAUUCGCUUGAAGACGGUGAAACCAGGUAAAGUAUUGAACACGGACCUGCGCCACUACCUCAGUCUGCAGUUUCAGAAGGGCUCACUGGACCACAAGCUCCAACAGAUCAUACGUGACAACCUCUACCUGCGUACCAUCCCCUGCACCACACGGCUUCCUCGGGAUGGGGAGGUGCCAGGAGUGGACUACAACUUUAUAAGUGUUGGAGACUUCAGGAUCCUGGAGGAGAGUGGACUUCUACUGGAGAGUGGGACCUAUGAUGGUAACUACUAUGGGACCCCGAAGCCUCCUGCGGAGCCCAACCUGGUGCAGCCCGACUUGGUGGAUCAGGUUCUGUUUGAUGAAGACUACAGUGGCGAGAUACCCAGGAAACGCACAACGUCAGUCAGCAAGAUGGACAGGAAGGACAGCGCGGUCCCCGAGGAGGAAGAUGAUGAUGAGAGGCCACCGCUGGUCAAUGGACUGCCUGAGCACAAAGAGGGGGCGGACUGGAGGAAAGCGGUGCCCAGCUACACCCAGUCAAGCAGCACCAUGGACUUCCGCACAUGGAGCUCUCUUCCCCGCGAUGACAGCCUGGAGCCGCUGCCCCUUAACUGGGAGAUGGCUUACACUGAGACCGGCAUGGUCUACUUCAUAGAUCACAAUACCAAGACGACCACGUGGUUGGACCCCCGCUUGGCGAAGAAGGCGAAGCCCCCUGAGAAGUGUGAGGAUGGAGAGUUACCUUACGGCUGGGAGGAAAUUGACGACCCACAGUACGGCACAUACUACGUUGACCACAUCAACCAGAAAACCCAGUUUGAGAACCCGGUCCUGGAGGCAAAGAAGAAGCUGAGCCAGGAGACGGCCGCGAUCCAACAAGCCGCGGCAGCACCUUCCCAAGGUAAAGGAGGUGGGUUCGGCUUCACUUCAGACCCCAGCGAACUGAAGGGUGAGAUGUAUCACACAGCGCUGAAGAAGAGCUCCCAAGGAUUUGGAUUCACCAUCAUCGGAGGCGAUCGCACAGAUGAGUUUCUGCAGGUGAAAAACGUGCUCAGCGACGGUCCUGCUGCCCACGACAACAAGAUGGCGUCCGGUGAUGUGAUUGUUGAGAUUAACGGGAUGUCUGUGCUGGGGAAGACCCAUCCAGAGGUGGUGCAGAUGUUCCAAUCCAUCCCCAUCAACCAGUAUGUGGACAUGGUCCUUUGCCGUGGCUACCCGCUUCCUCCAGAUGUGGAUCUAGACAGCGAUGACCCCCUUCCACCUCCUCCUCCCCCGCCGGCCACCCAGACCCAGCAGGCCCUGCACGGCGGAGAGGUGGUGACGGCCGUGCCCCUCAUCAAUGGGCAGCCGCUGCUCGUGAAAGGCGACGUCCUCCAUGGCUCCUCUCAGGAGCUCCACUACGUCACCACGGACGCCAGCGGGCGGCCCGUUGUGGCGGCCUUGCCCAACGGGAGGCACGGGGAGCGGGGAGAGCUGGCGGCGGGGAUGCUGCAGCCGGAGCUGGUGAGCGUGCCGCUGGUCAAGGGGCCCGGAGGGUUCGGGUUCGCCAUUGCCGACUGCCCGCUGGGCCAGAAGGUGAAGAUGAUCCUGGACGCCCAGUGGUGCCGCGGGCUGCAGAAAGGAGAUGUCAUUAAGGAGAUCAACAGGCAAAAUGUCCAAACUCUGAGCCACGCCCAAGUGGUGGACAUUCUCAAAGACUUACCAGUGGGCAGCGAGGUCAACGUGCUAGUGCUGCGAGGAGUGCCCCUAGGAGGUGAGGUCAGCGUGCUGAUACUGACGGGAGGUCAAACGUCCCCCGUGAAGAGUCUAAAGCCUAGACAGGAAAUGACGGCCAGCACAGAGACUUUGGACGGUAUCAUGGACUCAGUACCCCAGGCCUUGCCUUACCACUCCAACACGAGCACCCUGCGCUCCGCCGACUCCCCCAAACGAGACGCCACAGAGCUGUACCUGAAGUCCAAAGCCCUGCUGGACAGCAGACAGCCCCACACCAAAGACAUAGAUGUUUUCCUAAAGAGAGACAUUGAAACAGGCUUUGGCUUCCGUGUUCUGGGAGGAGAAGGUCCACAACAGCCAAAUGUUUUUCCCCAGGUGUACAUCGGGGCCAUCGUGCCCAACGGAGCUGCAGAGAAGGACGGUCGUCUGAGAGCGGGAGAUGAGCUCAUUGGCAUUGAUGGCGUGAUGGUUAAAGGUCGUUCGCACAAGCAGGUGCUGGAUCUGAUGACCAACGCUGCCCGUAAUGGUCAGGUUAUGUUGACUAUACGCAGGAAGGUCAUCUACAGAGAUGUGACAGAGGAUGAGGCUCUGGAAAUGACUCCAGUGCUGGUGAACGGUUCUCCCAAGCUACCUCGCCUACCGAUGCCCAGCGCUCUGGACCACGAGUCUUUUGACAUCACGCUCCACCGCAAAGACUCAGAGGGAUUUGGCUUCGUUAUCCUCACCUCUAAGAGUAAACCGCCGUAUGGAGUCAUUCCACACAAAAUUGGCCGGAUCAUUGAAGGCAGCCCCACCGACCGCUGCGGCCUGCUGCACGUCGGAGAUCGUAUCUCAGCGGUCAACGGGCGCUCCAUCAUUGAGCUCUCUCACAAUGACAUUGUUCAGCUUAUCAAGGAUGCCGGCAACGUUGUCACCCUCACUGUGGUUCCCGAGGACGAAUACAAGGGCCCUCCAUCUGGAGCCAGUUCAGCUAAACAGAGUCCAGCUCUCCAACACCGAGCCAUGGGGCAAAGGUCCGCACUACAGGAUGAACGUUUUAACCUGGACCUGGAAGAGAAAAGGGAGGGAGUCAACUGGUCUGACCACAAAAGUCUUUCACUUGGUGAGCAGGGAACGCUGUGUGUGACAGGACCCAACCAGGGUUGUUUGACAGUGGAGUUAGAGAGGGGUCCCAGGGGCUUUGGCUUCAGUCUGCGAGGGGGAACAGAGUACAACAUGGGCCUGUACAUCCUGAGACUGGCUGAGGAUGGACCUGCUCAGAUGGACGGAAGGAUCCAUGUUGGAGAUGAGAUAGUGGAGAUUAACGGGGAGCCGGCACGCGGCAUUUCCCAUACACGGGCUAUUGAACUGAUCCAGGCUGGAGGGAGCAAAGUGGUACUGUUGCUGAGGCCUGGGGCGGGCCUGGCUCAAGAUGGCAGUCAACAUGAUCAAAAACUCAUUUCACCCGCAAGCUAUUCCGGAGAGGUGUUUUUCUCCGACACAUCACCCCAGACCUCUCCAUAUCCCACCGGGGCUUCCACAUUUGUUUCCCCUCCUUUCUCCAGCAAACUGAAACAUUCCCAUAGCUGGAGCAGCAUCUCCCCACGUCGCAAGCCCCGCAGCAACAGGGCUUUAAGCUCAGUGGAGGAGAGCGGCGAGUGGGCGGACAAAGAGAUAGGAAGGCUCUCUCCCGCCUCCCCCGAGCAUAUGAGCUUCUACACGAGGACCAGGCCCACGAGAGACUCCAGAGAGCUAAGCAGCCCAAAGAACACAGUGGAGACAUUUUCUAAAGCCAAAGAGCAGCAUCACGGUCCCAAAAAGACUGAAAGUCAGGCGCAGGAAGAAAUGCUGAGCAGGAAUAGGGCUUCUCAGACAAAAACACAAUUCACAAACCCUAGAAAGUCUCCUCAAGCUGAACAGCAAGCGGCCUCGACCCCGCAGCGCGCAGAGCAUCAACAAGGUCUUCAGAGGAGAUUGAAAAACUCUUCCAGCAGAGAGAGCUUGGAUCAUGAAAAGCAAAACGGCAAAGGGGGGAAUCUUGAGAUCAGAAGAUUUUCACGAAGACAGGAGAUGGAAGGGAGAGGAGGAGAAAGGAGCGGGCCCAUCCGUGAGCAAGUGAGCUUCAAAAGAAGGGUGGCGGCAGAGUCUCCCCACCACAGGACGUCACCUCAUACGGUCAGAGAGGGCGAGAAAGGUACAGGUAAAGACUCGGGGCAGAGAGAUGCUAAUGGGAGCUCCAAAUCCACACAAGACAGGAAUACAAGUAGAGAACCCAUCAUCAAAAGAGAAUCGCUGUUGUCUUUUAAAGGUAUUCGGAGUAGAAAAGGUUCAGUGGUUUUGUCGAGAGAGGCAAAAGGGAGAGAAGACACAUUUUCUUACUCCAAAGAAGUCGGUAGUAAAGAAGGCUUUGUUGCCUCUGUAAAUACAGGCACCCCACCGAGCCCAAAGGGACCUAUUAGCCCCGGCCCUUGGAAAGUGCCCAGCACAGCCAGAAUCCUCUCCCAGGCAGAGGUCCUUCGUGACCCUUUGUGAUGGAAUAUCGAAUUGCCCAGACUUGCGUAUAUUUAACACUAUCCUCAGUGGAUCGUUUUUCAGAGUUCUUCCAUAAAACAGAGAAGUGCAACAUGGUUCCACUUUUAUUACCUUUUUGGACCGUGUUUGUCUUUUAGGUCUAUUUUUGGGAGUCCUGUGACAUCACGUGUUGGCAUGUAGCAGCUCCCCCCACCCUCUCCACCGCCUUGUCCGCUGCUUCGGCAUCUUUCGAUGAGGGACUUAAGCAUGUGCGGCAUGCUCGGGGCCUUGCCACGACGAGACAUUUUUGAAAUGUGAAUAUGUGCCAAUCCCGGGAGCCUCCUGUGGAACAACGACCACCAACAGCGCUUCACCCAUUACAAUGCAAUGACCCAUAUGCAAAGAAAGGAGACAGGCCCUCGCCUCUCGCCUGUAGUAUACACCAAGUGUGACUGUCAUCUCGGGUUUAAUUUUGCUCUCGGCCUCAUCGUGCGGAUAUUUUGACUUGUCUUUUUUCUUAAACGUUUGCUCAACUGCAUGCAGUCGGUCCUUCUGUUUGUUUUGCUGCACGUUGUUCUGCACAUCACUGAGGAUGAUUCCCGUUUCUAAUUCUCAUUCUCAACACCAGGCAGAUUUCUAAAUACAGUACAAUCCAGCAAGCGUUCACUUUAACCGGGGGGACUACUCUAGACUGUUCUAUGAUCAUAGACACGACUCGCCUCCAUACAAAACAGUACCAUUAAAAAGACCAGAAACUUGUGGUUUGAGAUCUUGUUUACCAUGUGUACGAUAACCAACCAGUGUGUAAUUUAUUUAGACGAUAGAUUAAUAUGUGUAUAUGUAGCCGUACCAAGCCAUUCCACAUUUUGAUAUAGACUUCAAAAGAUUUGUCCCAUGUUAUUUGAACUUUCACCAUCCCUCCGAUGUAUUUCAGUGGUAGGAAUUACCAUGGAUCUCGUAGUUCAUGAAAUGUAUAGGUGACGUGCAAACCGCUGUACCAAAUGUUUGCAAUCGCUCAAAACGUGUCUCAUUGUGAAAUAUUAUAUAUUAUAUAUAUUUGAAUGUGUCAUGUUUUGCAGAUUCUAACUUUUAAAUAUCUAUUGAAUUCCAUUGCACUGCAUCUGCCCUUGUAGCAUAACAGAAUGACCAUGAGUUGUAUUUAAUUUUGUGAUGUUGACUUGCUACCGAUGCCAUUUUAUUAUUAAUGUUUUUUUUAUUUUAUAAAGCUAUUUAAUUUUUUCUAAAAAAAAAAGAAAGAGAUUCACUGUUUAAGGCCAAAAUGGCAAUUUAUAUAAUAAUGUGCAAGUUCUAAGUCGUGUCCCUGAUGGUUUUACCUUGGCCGAGUACUGAGAAAAGGAAAAGGAGGGUUUGAAAAAGUAUGUGUUCGUCAAUCCUGCUGUAUAACUAUCUGACAUGGUAUAGCUUGAAGGAUAAUGGAGCUUAGAGAGUGAUGUGGUGGUUUACUGAGGUAUUGAGCAUGCUGCUGAUGUAAGACAGGUAUACAAAGAUCCCAGCUGCUUACAUAUUUGAAAGGGUGCUGAGCUUGUGAGAUAACAAUUGGUUCCAAAUGUGGAGUCAGUGGAAAUGAGACUGUAGUCUGAUUUCACUGUUACUUCAACUUUCCAAAGCUUCUGCUGUGAAAUCAGAGAAAAUUAUAUAUAUACUCAGCAUACCUGCUAAUACAGUUUAUGAGAUUAAGACAUAUUCAGAUGAGCUCAGGGAACACAGUAUAGUAGCAAACGUGUGAUAAAGUCAGUGUCAGUGAAAGUCAAAUGGUGAUUAAAGGGGACAUAUCAUGCUCAUUUUCAGGUUCAUACUUGUUGUAUAUUUUGGGUUUCUACUAGAACAUGUUUAUGUGCUUUAAUGUUCAAAAAACACAUUAUUUUUCUCAUACUGUCUGUCUGAAUAUACCUGUAUUCACCCUCUGAUGAUACCAAUACCAAUAGAGUUCUUCAUAUGGUUCGUUUGUUCCCUCCGCUCCCAAGCUUAAAGCCGCUCACCGCUCGCUCCAAAAAAGCAACAAGCUGCGAAUGUCAUUUUUUUAAUAUUUGAAGCUUCUAUUGAGGUUUGGGUGGAUGAAGCUUUGAAUGCCUGUAGUCAUAUUUUAUGAUGACAUCAUCCUAAAAAUAAAUCCUCAAACAAAAUUCUCAAUUUGACUUAAGUGAUUCAUCGGAUUAAAUAAGGCAGUCUUUUUUUUUUUAUCAAAUCAACUUUCUUUAAUGAAUAUAAUUCAUCAGUUUCAUUGGAUUGCUGCUAGACCGCUCCGUUAAUACAGGUAUGUCAUUUGUGUUUUGCGAGUGUGAGAGCAAACAGUUUUUGACCGCAGUGAAAAUAUUGUUUUGAAAAGCUAAACGCCAAUAAAUUUGGAUUGAAACAGAAUAUUUCGUUAGAUAAAAACAUCUCUUUUUCAAUAACUGCUGAUUUUUGGACUUUACAACGCUCUGGAGUUAUUGAACAUUUUUGGAUCACACAAGAUUGAAACAAUCCUACCCAGCCGCCGUGCGCAACACACAGAUACGUUCUGGGUCAGGCUCACUCGGGCAUGUUUCGAACUAAUGGUGUGAGCGGUAAAGGAGCUCACAUGCUCUGACAUAUAGUCAUUUUUUUUCAAGAUCUGGGUACAAAAAGGAUCAAUUACAGAGAAGUUUGGAUACUACUUGGUACUGGGUUAUUUCGGUGGAUACUUUAAAGGUAUCGAGUACCGAUAUCCAGCCCUAGUGAGUAGGUAGGCACUCAAAUGUAUGUCCACAAGAACUGAAGAACUGAAUGAUAUGUCCCCUUUAAGGUCUGUGAUUGACUGUGAUAAGAGCUUGUGAUUGUAUAAGGGAGUUUUCAGGUUAAAAAAAUACUCGAGGAAGCGCUAUGAGCCAAUCAGCGGUAGGUCUUUGUGCAAUAGUAAUAGUGGUUGGUUGAAUGAAUACAUCCAACCCUGAGUGUCAGGUACAGGCAGUUCACUCUGGCGAGUCAAAUAAUGCCCUUUUUUAUUGUAUGUCCCCUGCACUGUUGUACUCCUUUAUGCUUUUCUUUUGACCAUUUUCUUUUUAUCUCGUCUCUGUAUCAUACUGUGGCCUUGCAUCGCUUCAUUAGAAAAACAAUCCUCGUGGUUUCUUCUACAUUCUGUAGGAACAGUAGAUGUAAAUGUUUGUACAUUGUACAGCACCUUUAUAAAUACUUGCUGAGUGCUCUUUCGGGGGGG